UGGCCUUGCAGCGCCACGCGUUACGCGGACAUCCACUCUAUAAAAGCUUGGCGUCGACGAUGCUUCCGUCAGAAUCUAAACUUGCCCGCAAAGCAACGGUUUAGAUUGAUCCCCGAGUGCUUCUUUCGCUAACUGCAAACAUGUACACGAAUCCGUUCAGUAGGACACACAGCAGUGUCAGGCAGGUUAUCGACCGCAUCCUCAACUUUGACAUUAAGAAGAAGAACUCUGCAUUGAAGAGAAACAGCUCCGAUUGUUCGGUGUGCUCUGAGUCGUCAUCGUGGAGUUCCAGUUCAAAGAACGUUGCUAAAAAGCUUGCUAAGUUCGUCAAAUGAAGAUAUAGUGUGUGCCCUAUGGUGUCUCGCUCUUUUGAAGUGGAAUAUGGAUGUUCCCAAAGAAUCCAUCUGGGUUGACGAGGUUGUAGAAAGAAAUACCUGCUUCUCCAACAUCUAUAGAAGAUAUCUGUCAGCAUCAAUAGAACCCGUCAUGUUUUUUUUGAAACAUUUGACGUACUUCCAGCAGAUGACCAGGGAUGUGAACGGCUUCAACAUCCAUUAUAGAAUGCUUUUUCUAGUCAUAUUAUUUAUUUAUAAGUCACCUAGACUGUCGAGAUUGUAUAAAGAAAUACCUACUACUCCGAUGUCUGUAGGAGAUAUCUGUCUCUUCAACAUCAGUAAAGAAAUGUGAUACUGCCUGUCAAGUCAAGUUGCAUUUGACGUAGUUCCAGCAGAUGACAAGUGAUAUGAACGGCUUCAACAUCCAUUAUAGAAUGCUUUUUCCAGUCAUAUCAUUUAUGUAUUUAUCUUAAUUUAGUUUUCAAUAAAACAAUAAUAAUUAU